UGGGAAUAAAAGGAAGCGGAAUCAAUUGCAAUGAACUCUUCAACUGGCCAGAUUAUUAUUUCUAAAAGAAUGCUCUUUUCAGUCAUAGGUCUCCUUGUGAUGCUUUAUUGUACAAUGUCGCAACCUUUAUAUUCGAGUUCAAUGGAUAAUAUUCAGAUUAUCCAGGAUUUACGUACCUUUCAAUCUAACAUGGAAGCACGGAUCACAAAGAUGAUACGAGAGCAAAAUUCCAGCCUUCUACAAAUAGAAAAAGAGUUGCAAAGUGACCUCGCAAAUCUGGAAAACAGAGUAAAGAAUAUAACAAGUGAUACGUCCGAAAAGUCGUGUCCAUCAAAUUGGAUAAAAUUUGGACGUUCUUGUUACAAUAUCAUAGCACAGGCGAAGGCGUGGGACAAGGCAAGUAUAAAGUGUCUACAAUAUGGUGCAAAACUGGUCGAGAUAGAGACAAGAGAAGAGAAUUUUUUUUUGAAGCAAAGAAUUAUCGACUAUGAUAAAUUAAGAUUGUACUGGAUUGGGGGGACGGAUGAAAUCAGCGAAGGGAGGUUUGUUUUGGCCUCUACCGGAAGUUCGCUGACAUUCACGGACUGGAGCAGAGGAGAACCAAAUGAUGUCAAAGGCCAGGAAGACUGUAUUGAAAUCACCACACUUUUCAAUAGAACAGGAAUAUGGAAUGAUAACAACUGCUCUUCUGAGCUUUAUUUCAUAUGCGAAAGAACGCUUUAAUUUUUUCGUAGAAAAGGCUUCUGUAAAUGUAUACUAGCUUGUCAACAACUAAAUACAUAAAACUAUACGUUAUUCGUCAAAAUUAUUUCAAAUUCUAGUUAGAAUUCUUCACUCAUGUAAAAACGUCACCAUGUGCCAAUGAAGGGCUUCACAUUGUGACCUAUGUUGGGUACUCAGGGUCAUUAAGCUGUGGAGGAUCUUUAUUUUGCCAACGCCUGUCGUGACUUGGGGCAUUCGUCUUUUAGGUCUAAUUUUUCACUUCAAGUCUGAGCGGGCGCUUGGUGAAAGAAGAAUUGCUACUUAUUUUUUAUCGACAUAGGCCAGUCGCAGCCGAGAUUUGGACUCUUCCAAUCACGGAGCGAGUGCUCUUUCGACUGAACUUAAAUUGUAUCUUAAGUUUACGGUUUUCUUAAUUUUGAUUUAUGAUAUAUAUGUAAGACCCCAAGGUGUGAUAGUAACGCUUAAGUGCUAUGGUCUCGCACACUCCGAUGGUCUGCGCCAAAAACCCAAAUGGCUCGCUGUUUUUUACGGACGCCAAAGUCAGAUGGUCACGACAGGGUCCGAUGGCUCGUUUCCUAUGAAACACGUGCUAAAGUGCGAAGGUAUGAUAUGCCAUGGUCCGAUGUUGCGAAGGAACAAUAAACGUUUAUAACGGCACAAUAGUCCAACGCCAUGCCAUUGUUUUUCAUACAAAAUCCAUUAAAUCAGUAUUCGUCACGUCUAUACAAUUUUACUGAGUUUGCUUAUUGUUUUUAUUCGCUAAUAGGCAUUAAUUAGGAUAAGUCCUCGCACACAACUCGACUGAUAAUGGUAGGUCCUUAUACACUAUUGGACUAAUAAUGAGUAAUAAUCACUCAAGAGAUUUUAGAGUUAGGUUACUCCGCGACUGAUUUGGAUUAGUCCAGCACCCACCCAAGAUAUUUAGGUUAAUUAUAGUAACUGAGUAUUAUUUUUCAACUGUACUUGUUUAGAGGUCGCCCGCGUGGCGCAGUGGUUACAGUGUCUGGCCUAGAGUCGUGAAGUAAGGAGUCAAUCCUUACGUCGCGGGUUCGAAUACCACUGCGGGACGCGGAGGCCGGUCCUUCGGAUGAGACCGUAUAAACCAAGGCCCCGUGUCGCAGUAGGUGCUGACACGAAAAAGAUCCCUCACUUCUCAAAGGCCCUGUGUGCCGAGCAUAGGACAAAAUUUGUAGCCCUCCACCGGCAAGUGGUGGCGUCUCCAUAUGAGUGAAAAAUUCUUGAGAGGGACGUUAAAAACAUACAAUCAAUCAUUAAACUGUUUAGAGUUCGUCUCGCACAUAUAUCCUAAAGUUGAGGGCAAAUCUUUGCAAUUAAUAUUUAUUUGUGUUAAUUUUAAACAAUCACGCCUUGGCACGCCGCGACAUAAGGUUUUUGCGCAGAAGUCUUUGACGUCAUAAACGUUCGUUGUUUUUUGCACCAAUGAAUCAUCGGUGUUUGGCGCAGACCAUCGAACUUCUGCCUGACUUUGGAAUCUUAUCGAACUUUGGAAUCCUACUUAUACAUACCUUGACAGAAAUUGUUCAAUUCAAUAAAGACUGAAGGUAUUCAAAAAGAUACUUUUUUAUCUUCAUUUAGUUUAUUCUUAUUAACAAUUUUGUGAGAGAUUUAAAUCCUUCAUCAUCAAAUACAUCCAUUUCAAAUUCAUAAUCUGUCAAUCCAGUUUAAAAAUAAAUGUUUUUUAUCUCUGUAUAUAUUUUAAAUCCUUGUUAAACCAUUUAUUUUGUCGGAUGGAUUGGUCUAAACUAUUGUCUUAAUUAUGUUAUACGCCGAAUAAAGAUCUCAUUUAUUAAGUAGAUCCUCCAACGGUCAUAAUUGGUUGCACUAGUAAUUAUAAGUCCAUGUUGCGCAAAAACAUCAUUCAAGUUAGUUUUAUAAUAUAAAAUUUUGAAAACCCAUACAUGCAUUGUUGCAUUAAUUUUUGUUUCUAUACGUCAAUAAUUCUUAUUCCUCAACUUUCAUUUUAGCGACUGGAUUCAUUUUCUCUUUUGCAUAUUUUUGUAGAGAGAUGGUUUGAAAUUUAAUUGUUUUCAUUAACAAAAAGUUAAUUCAAAAUGGAACUUAAUCUC